GGAUUGCCCGUAUCGCCAGUCUUCCUCCUCGCAAUAGGUCAUGCCGCGUUCAUUUGUUUUCCCCCCUCUACCGCCGCCCUCCAACAAUGCUCCGGCGCACCAAUCUCAAGUUCCACUGCUAGCUCUUCCACCGCCACCUCGGACGAAUCCAUCAGGCAGUACCAGUCCGGGGCAGGCGAUUGUCCUGCGUCAGUCAUGGUGGAAAUUGAACCAGGAGAAGCUGGAUCGAGUCUACGAUUUUAUGGCGUUUGAACUAGAAGCACGCCAGGAGACAAUCCGCGAGAAGGAGAGAUUGCUCAAGGAAAUAGAAGAGAAACAGAAAGUUAAAGAAGCUGAGGAGAAGGCGCUUAGCAAGAUGAAGGAAAGACAGGAGUUCGAGGAACGGAUAGGCACGAUUGUGGGAUCCAAGAUCAACGAUGCUUCCGAACUUUUCCUUGGCCGAGCCGAUCAGGCUAAGGCAACUACUGCGAGCGGCGAAGUCGGUCGACGCAUAGGACCAGAAAAAACGGCCAUUAAACAUCUAGAUGCUGAGAAGGAGCUGAUGGAGAAACAGAUUGGGCUCCUUAGACAAGAGCAUGAGUUCAUCAAGAAGAGGAUGGAGGAACUCGCCAGAACCAUGAAGCAAACUAGUACAGGAACCAAGCGGCCAGCUACUGGGGUGUGCAUCACGAGCCCUCCUGAAGCUCCCGCUCGAGGGAAAUCUAAAGUAAUGGGAGUCGGCACGCCUACUUCGCAGGACUUUGAGAAGCUUCUUAAGGCCUACAACACAGUCAAGGAGGGGAAGAGAAUUGCCGACAUGGAGGUUCACACACUCAGAGAACGAUUUGAGAAGGCGGUCAGUAAACUAGUAAGACAAGGACGCACACCAAGAGCCAAUCUCACCAGGCGAAUGUAUGAGGCUACUGAUGAUGACGAGCAGGAGAUUCCAGCUGGACGUGAAGAAGGUUUGGAUGACUUGACACUCCGGCCAUCUCCUCCGAAGAGAACCUCUGGACGACUCGCCAUGAAAGCAGCAGUUGCAGAGAAGGCCGAGUUCGUGAAGGAAACGAAGAAGUACCUGAAGCGACUGAAGAAGCAUGGACUCCAAAUGCUAUGUGCCAAGGAAGGAGUCACUUUCAUCACGUGUCGAACAAGCAAUUACUGACAUUGCGGAGUUACGGGCCGCCGCGGCAUUCGAUCUACAUCAGCACGUCGUAAGGCUGAACAAUC